AACCAGCCCACCCGCUCGCAGACGCUUGGUUUGUGACGAAAUAGACAAAGAGGCGGUGUUUCAGUUUAACGUUACGUCACCUUGAGAUCUAGGAAAGCUGUUUGUCAGUUGCUAUGGCAGCCUCAGCAUUCCUGGCUGAGCCAGGUGAUCCUGCAGAGGGGACCUGGCAGAGAUGUGACUUGAGUUUCACAGAGGCCAUCAACCAGCAAAUGAGAGUCCCUGAUAGGCUGAAGGUAGCAGACCCGUCAUUGGGAGGUGAGGGGGAGCUGAAACAAGAUGAUCCGCCUCCAUCGUUUAGUAUGCACCUCCCUGAUAGGCUGUCACUGGCAGAUAUGCCGGAUUUAGGUCCAAGACCCUCGUUUCCCAACAAAUCCUCUCAGAAGCCCUGGUUUGACCCGUCUGCUGCACUCCACACCCCUUCUCAGCUGGGAAUGCUCCCAGACCAGCACACAGGGGGCUGGGAGAGGGGAAGAUACAUAAGAGAGGCAUCCCUCCGCAGAUCAAUGAGCGACUGUGCUUUCAGCAAAAGCUCCUCAGCUAUGUGCGUCUCUAAACAGAAGCACAGUCUCAGAGAUGUGAGAUCCCCAUGCCCUGUACCUCUCUACUCCUCGACAGGACCUGACCUCAAUCUCCUGUCCUCGCACAGCGUACUUAAUGCAGCUAAAUAUGUGGGGAGGCAGGUCUCACAGCGCCUCCUGCAGGCCAUCAAUGAGAAAUUCGCCACGAGGUACAGUUUCUCUGAGUGCAUCCAGGCUGACACAACAGACCAUGCAUUUACUGAACCUAGUAAAAGAAGUAUCCAUGACUCUGGGCUCGUUCUUGAUGGAGAGGACUUCGGGUUUGUGGAGGUUCUCGCACUUAGGAGACAGUUGAAUAAGAUGAGCAGACGUCUGGCAGGGCUGGAGAAGCAGAGUGCGGCGCACCGGCAGACCGAGCUGGUGCUGUUCACCCUCCUGGUCAGUGCCAGCCUCGUCAACAGCUGGCUGUGGCUGCGCAGAUAGCCCUCCACCUGCACCUUGCACUAAGACAGUAUAGACUUGAGUUAUAGCAGGAAACUACGUGGCCCUGGCCCCUCUCUGUUCGCACUCUGUAGAGCUCAUUCUGCGUUGGCUGUACACUGCGAUUGUGAAACAAUGACAUAUUUACUGCAGCUAGAGAGAGAGACUCUGUAGAAUAAGGGAUCUGUAUAGCUGGCUGCAUUUCUCUACGCUGUCUUGGCUACAGUGACAGCUGCACACCAACACACAAGAAUGUGGGCUCUGUACCCUGAAGUCUGCUUUCUGCUACUCUUCACACACUUUUACAGAUGAUGCCAUUUUAAAUCGCAUUUCAGAAUAAGAGUGCUUUUAUUAUUAUGGUAGGGAUGGUAUUUAUAGAGGAGGACUAGAGUGUAGUGUUCCCUGUUGGUUAGAAUUGAGUGCUAGGAGGCAGUGUGACCUGAGUCUAUUUAAAAACUAAGGACUAGGAGGCAGUGCAGUCCAGAUAAGCACUGACAGGUAGUGGUCUAGUAUGGGCUUUAAAGUAGUAUGUUUUGUUUUUGGGUUUUUUUUUUUUUUUUUUAAUACAAUGAAAGUAAAUGAAUUAUGAACACAUGUGACAUCAAUAAUAUGUAGGAUAUUAUCAAUAAUAAAACAUUUAUUUU